CGCAUUCUCCUCUCGACAUCGAGUUCUCUCCUGCUCGAACGGCCCAUCUUUGCUCUUCAGAAUACACAAUGGCUUUCAAGUUCUCCUCCCUCCUCGCCCUCGUCGCCACUGCCGCGACCGUGCGCGCUGCCCCGGCCUCCACCGCCGCCACCUGCUCCGAUGGUACACAGGUCCCCAACGAAGUUUGCUGCAACUUCGUCCCCCUUAUCUCGGCGCUCCAGAACAAUCUGUUCAUGGAAGACUGCGGUGAAGACGCCCACGAGGUCAUCCGUCUUACUUUCCACGAUGCCAUUGCUAUCUCUCGGAGCCAGGGUCCCACAGCUGGUGGUGGAGCCGACGGGUCGAUGCUCAUCUUCCCGACCGUCGAACCGUCGUUCUCAGCGAACAACGGCAUCGGCGACAGUGUCGACAAUCUGAUUCCGUUCCUCUCCCAGUUCCCCGCCGUCUCCGCUGGCGAUCUCGUCCAGUUCGCAGGCACGGUCGCGCUCAGCAACUGCCCUGGCGCGCCCCAACUUGAGUUCCUUGCCGGUCGCCCGAACGCGACUGCCCCCGCCGUCGACGGCCUGAUCCCCGAGCCCCAGGACAACGUCACCCACAUUCUCGAGAGGUUCGCCGAUGCUGGUGGCUUCAGUCCCUUCGAGGUCGUCUCCCUGCUCGCUUCCCACUCCAUCGCUCGCGCGGACAAGGUCGACGAGACAAUCGAUGCUGCGCCCUUCGACUCCACCCCGUUCGUGUUCGACACCCAGGUCUUCCUCGAGGUCCUGCUUAAGGGCGUUGGCUUCCCCGGAACCGACAACAACACCGGCGAGGUUGCAUCUCCUCUCCCAACGACCGUCGGCACCGACACCGGCGAGAUGCGUCUCCAGUCUGACUUCGCCCUCGCCCGCGACGAGCGCACUGCUUGCUUCUGGCAGAGCUUCGUCAACCAGGAGGAUUUCAUGGCGUCGAGCUUCAAGGCGGCCAUGUCCAAGCUCGCCAUCCUCGGCCACAACCGCGAGGACCUCGUCGAUUGCUCCGCCGUCGUCCCCGUGCCGAAGCCCGCGGUCAACAAGCCCGCGAGCUUCCCCGCCGGCACUAGCCCUGAGGACCUCCAGCUCACGUGCACGACUGAGAAGUUCCCGACUCUGACCAUUGAUGCCGGUGCCCAGCAAACUCUGAUCCCGCACUGCUCUGACGGCAACAUGACGUGCAACACCGUCCAGUUCAACGGCCCGGCUGCUGGUGUGUAAGAGGUCGUAGCUUAGGAUCUAUUUAUCCAGCUAUAAGUUAUGGCGGAGAUACUCAUCUGGUUCUGGCACGGUAUCCGAUGUAUGCUACUUCAACGCGAUGUCGGCGGUCCUAGUGACUGCGCGACUGUGAUUUCUGUGGUUCAAAAUAUGACUUAUCUGUUACGC